AUGGAGGAUGAAUCCAACAAUGAUAUAAUUGUAUACGAUGUAAGCUUCGACAAGAAUAUAAGCAGCAAGAAUGUUGUUUCGGUGGCAAACGGUGGUCUCGGUGUUGGGAGAUUUGAGAAUGUGUCUCUGUAUGUUAGAGAUCUUGAUGGGAAUAUGAAUGAGGGUCAGCUUUAUGAACUAUCCAGUCAGAUUGCUCAGAUGGUUUUCAUAGGGGUUUGUAGGAAUCAGACCAAGAGAUCAUCGCUUGAAUAUGCUUAUGUCAACUUCUCUAAUGCUCAUGAUGAUAACAAUACAUUGCAUGAUACCUUUGCUACUUUUGGACAUGUUCUUUCUUGUAAGAUAGCUAUUGACGAUAUUGGUCAGUCAAGAGAAUAUGGGUUUGUUCAAUUUGACAAUGAUGCCAUUGGUCAAUCAAGAGGAUAUGGGUUUGUUCAAUUUGACAAUGAUGCCAUUGGUCAAUCAAGGGGAUAUGGGUUUUUUUUAUUUGUGGGGAGGGCUCAGAUAAAACCAAAAAGGAAGGUAGAGUUAAAAGCCAAAUUUGAGCAAGAAAAGAUAAAAAGGUAAGAGAAAUGAAAGGGUGCUAAUUUGUACUUGAAAAAUCUUGAUGACAAUCUUAAUGAAGAAAAGUUGAAGGAGUUAUUUUCUGAGAUUGGAACAAUAACAUCGGGUAAGAAAGAAAAAUUGGAUUACAAUAUGAGUUGA